GAUAUUUUUGGCCUGGGUCACAGAUUGAUUCCUGCCCACUCUUUCCCUGCCACUUGCAGGAAAGGGUCCCCAACUGAGGAUGUAGACAACCUUUUAAAGCCGUGGAGUGGGAGCACAGUGCUGCAGCCUCCCAUUCACCAGGGCUCUAAAAAUCCUAAGAAAACAGCACCUGAAAUGAUCUCAAAGGAACAAUGACCUGUUAAUCUCGUAAACUGAACGAAGUAACACAAUGCACCCAACACGUGAGUGAUUGCAGAUGGAAACAAAUUACACAUCAGAGAUGACAAUGCUGAUAACGGUAUCAUCCUCCAUCCAGCCUGCUCCCAUCCAACACCACCUUUCUCCCCCUCCCACCCUACCAAAGCCUGGGAAGGACAACCUGAGGCUCCAGCGGCUGCUGAAGAAGGCAGCCAGGAAGAACGCCAUCCUAGCAUCAGAGCAAGCCAAGUCCUUUCGGUCCAGCCUCUCACCUGUGAAUGAGGCCAGCUCUGACCUAGAGCACAAUGAGAGCGCUCCCCCAGCAGAGACCCCCGAAACCACAGCAACCCCCUCUGCCAGCCUCCCAACCCGCCUCUCCAUCAAGCCUGUCACCCACCGCGUCCCCUCCCCUUUCCGAAAGGGCAAGCCUUUCACACUGAAGGUCACGGAGCAGAGGCGCAUUGCCGAACACCUUGUGCUCACGACCUCCUCAGCCACACCCCUGCUACACAAGCCAGGAGCUCCUGAGACUCCACAGCAGCCUGAAGGCACAGACACCAACCUUCCCUCUCCACACAACCCUUCAAUAUCUGUUUUCCCACAGCCUCCUCCUUCCAGUGCACCCAGUAAAGAAAGGGCACCAGAGGUUUCCUUUGUCACCAAGGUACAUACUUAUUUCCACAGUGUCAAGCCACCCAGGGCUAAGACAUCCACAUCAAAUCAGACCCAAGGAACUGUCAGCGAUGAAGAAAAGAGGCCUUCAUCACCAGCACCUGAAUCAAGCCACUCCAAACCAUCUCCAGGGCAGAUACCCACCCUGCUCAAUGACAGCAAGGCCACAGGUCCUGCACUAGAGCCUACUGUCCUUUCUGUUGCAGAGGCAGAGCCUCCUAAUGAAGGUCCCAGGUCUUCUCCUACCGAAGAGUCCAUCAAGGCCCCUUCGCCCAAACCCAGCACCCCCAGUGCCCACAAUGAUAAGCCUAUGACACAUGGAAGUGACACUGAAAUAUCUGGAUUAGAGAGUGCUCCUGAAUUACCCAAGCAAGAUGGUGAUAUCCUAAAACCAUCAACACCCAGCACUACCUCAAGGCAAGCAUACCCAGUGACAGCAACCCUCACACAAGCUAACAGUACUGGCGCCACCUCCACAGACACCAAGGCAGAGCAUGUCAUUCAACCUCAGCUGAGCCCCAGUUUACCAAACACCAGCCCUCCCCUCAAAGCUGAGCCAGUGCUAUCAUCAGGAGAAGAAGAAAGACCUCCUGGAGCCAGUGCCAGUGGCUGGCAUCGCCUCAAGAAGCACUUGAUGGUACAACCAGAAGCACCCAACUUUCCAGAGCCCGAGCCAGAAAAGUUGGUACAGGAGGAAGGGAGCAAGGAGAAGGACAGCUCUCAAGCAAUCGUCAGUCAUGACCACAGGCUGUUUAAAUCAAGGGCCACAAGGUUGUGGGAUGCUAUUUUAUACCAGAUGACAGUCACCAAGGAGAGGAAGCAGCAAGCAGAAGAGAAGAAGCUGCAGAAGGAAGAAAGCGCCUCUCUUCCCCGCCGCUUACCCAUCUUUCUAUGUAAGCCGCGCUUCGACGCACGGAAACUGAAGGAACUGGCUGCCAAACCCAUGACAAAGAUCACCACUGUGUUCGAGGUGAGCCGGUUUAGACCCAAAGCGGCUGAGGAGCACACCAAGAGCUUUAACAGAAUGGCAUCAGGAUGGUCAGUCAACUGAAGCCACAGGCUGCACCACCAGGCUCACAUCUCCGGAGGUUCCUACAGGGCACCAAGCAAGAGAGCAUCUAUGACUAGGUUUACUGCCCAGAGCCAAGUGUAAGGAAAAAAUAAAAUUAAA